AUGUUUGGUGGAACUCUUUUAAAUAUUGGAGCUUCUGCUGAAACUCCAAUACUUUAUAUUUUUAGUAGUAUUUAUCGAGAAGCAAUCAACAAACAAUUAAAACGUUUUUUAUGCAAAAAAUUCCAAAAAAAUAAAAUUUCGGCAGCUCCUGGUUUUGUUAACUGUAGUGGAGUAAAAACAAAACAAUUAAUAAAUGGUGGAGGAGGAGGUGGAGGAAUUGUUAAUAAUAAUAAUGUUUAUCCAAAAACAUAA